CUCCCCGUCCCCGCCGGGGCUCCGUGCUCUGCGGGCGGCCUCUCGCCGUCUCCGCCGCUCGCCACCAUCGCUCCCAAGGGCGACGAGGACCUGCUGGCGCUGGCCGCGUCGCGGCUGAGCCGCAGGAAGCGGGUGGCCGGCGUGGCCAUCGGCGUGGCCAUGCUGCUGCUGCUGCUCGUGGCCAUCCCGCUGCUGGUGCACGGCUCCAAGGCGGCCGCGCACUACGAGAUGCUGGGCAGCUGCCGCAUGGUCUGCGACCCCUACCCCGAGCUGCCCCCCGCCGCCUCCCCGCCGCCCUUCGUGCCCGGUGCUAAGGGCGAACCGGGCCGCAAGGGCCGCGCCGGUCUCCGCGGGCCGCCGGGACCGCCGGGGCCGCGGGGACCUCCGGGAGAACCGGGCCGGCCUGGCCCGCCGGGACCUCCGGGGCCGGGGCCGGGCGGGUACAUCCCGUCCUUCUACAGCCCCAAAAUCGCUUUCUACGCCGGCCUGAGGAAGCCGCACGAGGGGUACGAGGUGCUGCGCUUCGACGACGUGGUGACCAACGUGGGCAACUACUACGAGCCCUCGAGCGGCAAAUUCACCUGUCCCCUGCCCGGCAUCUACUUCUUCACCUACCACGUCCUGAUGCGCGGCGGGGACGGCACCAGCAUGUGGGCCGACCUGAUGAAGAACGGGCAGGUGCGUGCCAGCGCCAUCGCCCAGGACGCCGACCAGAACUACGACUACGCGAGCAACAGCGUCAUCCUGCACCUGGACGUGGGCGACGAGGUGUUCGUCAAGCUGGAUGGGGGCAAAGUGCACGGCGGCAACACCAACAAGUACAGCACCUUCUCCGGCUUCAUCAUCUACCCCGACUGACCCCGGGGAGCCCCGGAACCGGGAACCCCCCCGGGAACCCCCAGUAACCGGGACCCCCAAGUACAGCACCUUCUGUGGCUUCAUCAUCGACCCCGAGUGACCCCGGGACCCCCGGGGACAUCCCUGGAACCGGG